AUGAAGAAGGAUGCUGCGUACUAUGAGAGCAACAUCAAUAUCCGAGUGCCGAAUCCUUUCCUUCGACAUCGUCGUCAACUCGAGACUGAGAAAUUUGGCGAAGAUCUGAGACCGGAGUCCAAGGUUGUAUCUCCGAUAGCUCGACGAAAACAGGUCCGACUGGUCAGAAAAUAUCCUGCACUCCUACUUCCUCCCUCCGUUCGUAAUCCAGUAACACCCCCUCCGAUAAAGAUGGACAUUGAAGGACUGGGUGUGAGGUAUAUACGGUAUGGUCCAGAUUGGAAACUGUUCCCCGAGAUCAAGAAGGGAAUGUAUGCUGGCAGAGCCAUCAUUUUCAAAGGACACAAGAGAGAGAGGAUACGGGAGGUCAGAAGGCAGGAGAUUGCGGAGAGGGUUGCCGGUAUGGACGAGCGUGUACGAAAAUGGAGAGAGGCGAAGGCAGAGGAGAAGAGGAGAAGCACACCAGCCAUGCCCUGGUAA